GUCACUCAUCGCCCUCGUCAUCGCAAUCCUCUGCUCGAGGCGAGAUUCCUCACGGAGGGAUGUUCCCCAUGGACCCGCCGUCGCCGCCUCGCUCAGCGUCGAGAGACACCGCCAUGCCCACCACGCUCAACUUUAUCCGACGGCCCGACAGUUACGCCACAAAUUCUCAGCAAGGCAGCGGUCGUCCACGGCGACCAUCGCAGAGCAUGCUCGUGAACGGCCCAUACACCUCGCCCACGGGCCAAUACCGCCCGGCUGCAACCGCUCACUCGUCAUCCGGAGGGUCGAGCUCAGCCUCAAGCUCGCGGAUGGUCUCUCACACAGCCUCGCUGGCCCACAUGUCCUCAGAAGACAUCGCCGCUAGUCUGACUUGCCCCGCCACUCACUCCAGCCCAGCCGCAGCGCCUAGCACCGCCGCGUCGUACAAUGGUCGUGGCAGUGGCAGAUAUGCAGUCCAGGGUCAGCUCGCUGGGUAUCCGCCGGAUUACACACCUCCAGGCUCCCGCCCUCACGAUCAGCCCGCCCCGUCCAGGGCCUACUACGGUGGCGGCGGAAUCUCGCAGGGACGCAGCACACAGACACAUUCCUCCCAGCACCCCUAUCAAUAUCAACGCAGCAGCCAUCCACCUCAGGCGGGUCCGAUGACCUCUAACCAAUAUGCCUGUAACUCUCCCUGGUCUCCGCAUCCCGGGUUUCCAAGUAGCUCGACCGCCAAUGGGAACGACCGGGGCCGGCCGUCUCGCCGUCGUGAGAUGGACAGAAAUUGGGACCGUAGCGAGAGCAAGCGAAGGGAUUGACAGUGGGAUAUCUUGUUCUCGUUGCUGAGGUUGGGAAUGCUGGUGACAGAUGCCGUGUCGCGUUGAAUGAUGGCCAGUCUUUUCUCCGCCUUCAGGCUGCUCUUAUAUAUGCCCGCUAUAAAACAGCAACCGGUGUUUUCCCUCUUUUUUUGUACCAUGCCUCGAGGCUCCGGCUCUCUCUGCAUCGCUUCGCGCACCGUGCCCAGUCGUAGCUACGGACGUCUGUCAUGCAUUUCCAUUGUUCUUCAUCGCCUUUACAAGUCUGUGCUUUGCGCCUCUCCCUCUGCUUUGUAGACUGAUCUGUCCCUUUAAUCAACGCGAACAUAUCUCU